UAUAGUAAGUGCGUACUCACAGUGAGGAGCUGUGGAACAUUUUCACUUUUGCUUUUCAAAGACAUCAUAGAGGAGCACGAGGCUUCAGACGCAUGCAUCAGAGACAACACAAGGAAAUUACCAAGCUGAUUUAGUCAUGGAGCAGGAUGCGGCAACUGUGCUGUGGAAAAAGUUCUAUGUCCACUUGGCGGGAAAAACUAACAACGCUCAUCAAGCGGCUGUUGUAAAUUUAAAAAGAAUCGGCCACACUGAGGUGGACUCUCCUGAAAGAAGUGACUACAUUCUGGUUUUCUGUCCGAUUGUUUCAAAAGUUGGAACAGACAUCAGAGAGGCCCUGGAGAGCACUGAGAAGAACAAUCCAGGUGGUAAACCAAUAAUCCUGGUGGUGAUGCAUCACACCUUUGAUCCUGACCGUGUUAUAGCUGAAAGCAGAAGACUGGUGAAGAACCAGAAUGUAAAGCUCACCGUGGACUGUCUGAUCUAUGAGGGUGAACUCCUGAAGUGUCACCGCAAUGAUACUGCAUGGUCUGAGGUCCAGAAGAUUUUUGGAGUUUCAGAGGUCAACACAGUGUUCAACAGCUUUACUUCCAUUGCAGUUGAGGUCACCUCUUUAUGGAAGAAGUUUACUGCAACAUCACAAAGAAAUGACCAACCUGCUUCAGACAUGAAGCAGAAAGGGGCAACUGGUGAGAACCCAAAUGCACAGUCUUCAGAAAUUAACAACCCAACCAACACAAAUGACCCAGUGGGGCAGGAAGAGACAACUGAAACAAAUCCACAGUCUGCAGAAACUGACAACACAGAUGAGCCAAUGGAGCAGAGUCCAUCUGAGUCGAGUCAGCAGGGUAGAAGUGGAGAAGUCCAGGGUGUUGAUCAGACAAUAAAUGACAAACCUGCUUCAAGCGUGGAGGCGGGAGAGGCAACUGAAACAAAUCCACAGUCUACAGAAACUGACAGCACAACCAAGACAAAUGAGCCAAUGAAGCAGAGUUCAUCUGAGUCAAGUAAGCAGGGUAGAAGUGGAGAAGUCCAGGGUGUUCAUCUGCUGUGGAAAAAGUUCUUUUUGGUGGGAGAAACUACCAACGCUGUUCGAGAGUUUGUUGCGAAGUUUGAAAAAAUUGGCCAAAAACAGGCGGAGUCUCCUAAAGAAAGUGACUACAUUCUAGUUUUCUGUCCGAUCUCUUCAAAUGUUGCAGAGGACAUCAGACGGGCCCUGGAGAGUGCUCCAGGUGGUAAACCAAUAAUUCUGGUGGUAAUGCAUCAUACCAAGGAUUGUAAUAUCAUUGUGUUUGAAAGCAGAAGACUGGAGAAGAACCAGAAUGUAAAGCUCACCGUGGACUGUCUGAUCUAUGAGGGUGAACUCCUGAAGUGUGACCGCAAUGAUACUGCAUGGUCUGAGGUCCAGAAGAUUUUUGUUUCAGAGGCGGAUACAACACAGACAUCACAAAUAAAUGACCAACCUGCUUCAGACAUGAAGCAGGAAGGGGCAACUGGUGAGAACACAAAUGCACAGUGUUCAGAAAUUAACAACCCAACCAACACAAAUGACCCAGUGGGGCAGGAAGAGACAACUGAAACAAAUCCACAGUCUCCAGAAACUGACAACACAGCUGAGCCAAUGGAGCAGAGUCCAUCUGAGUCGAGUCAGCAGGGUACAAGUGGAGAAGUCCAGGGUGUUGAUCAGACAACAGAUGACCAAGAUCCUUUAGACGAGGGGUUUGAACACAUAAAUGAUGAGGAAAUAAAGAGUUUACCUGAAUCAAACUCGAUGAACGUUAACCAGCCAACAAUUAACCAAGCUUCUUCAGACAUGAAGCAGGAAGGGGCAACUGGUGAGAACACAGAUCCACAGUCUACAGAAACUGACAAGACAAAUGAGCCAAUGGAGCAGAGUCCAUCUGAGUCAAGUGAGCAGGUGACGUGGAAAAAGUUCUUUGUCCAUUUGGCGGGAAAAACUAACAACGCUCAUCAAGACUUUGUUAAAGAGUUUAAAAGAAUCAACCACACUGAGGUGGACUCUCCUGAAAGCAGUGACUACAUUCUGGUUUUCUGUCCAGUUGUUUCACGAGUCGGAACGGACAUCGGAGAAGCCCUGGAGAGCACUGAGAAGAACAAUCCAGGUGGUAAACCAAUAAUCCUGGUGGUGAUGCAUCACACCUUUGAUCCUGACCGUGUUAUAGCUGAAAGCAGAAGACUGGUGAACAACCAGAAUGUAAAGCUCACCGUGGACUGUCUGAUCUAUGAGGGUGAACUCCUGAAGUGUGACCGCAAUGAUACUGCAUGGUCUGAGGUCCAGAAGAUUUUUGGAGUUUCAGAGGUCAACACAGUGUUCAACAGCUUUCCUUCCUUUGCAGUUGAGGUCACCAAGCCUGCAUGGUUGAAGUUUCCUGAAGUGAGUCUGUUAACAUUGACAGUUCUGUAGCUCUAAUAAUUGGGUAUUUGUAUGAUUAGUCGACUAGCCUCAUCAUUUAUUCCUUUAUGUAGAAGGUUCACAUCAUGCCUUCCUUAAUCUAUAAAUAUCACAGACUCACAGCCCAAUUAUCAGUUAGUUAAUAUGUAUAAUUUUUGUAACUCAUUUUCUUUCUUUCUUUCUUUCUUUCUUUCUUUCUUUCUUUCUUUCUUUCUUUCUU